AUGACCCUUCUACCGGUGGUAUCAAGGUGCGCAUCGUAUCCUUUUAUUGCUUUGAUAAACGAGCCUACCGCACGGCAUAAACACGCUAUAACCCAUCAUCAGGGAUUCAUAGAGGGGUUGUUCCUGUCCGGCCUGGGAGAUGCCGGCGUGACAGUCGAGCGGCCGUGCAGACCGACAAGCUUGGAACUGUCUUCUUCUGAAGACGAGCUGAAGGAUCCCGCGUCAUACCCCGUCAAAAUUGUACUGGAGCAUCUCUCAGAUGCUCCAGGAACUCAUUCUUUCGAAAUGGUCCGUGCAAGAUUCCUUGUCGGUGCGGAUGGGGCGCACUCUUGGGUCCGUCAUACGCUUGGUAUUCCUAUGGAGGGCGAUAGCACCGACCGAGUUUGGGGAGCAAUUGACUUCACACCGUUGCCGUCAAGCGACUUCCCCCACUGGCGGAACGUUGCGACGGUCAACGCUGCUGAUGCUGGCCUCGUGCUUAUUCCUCGCGAGGACAAUAAAGUCAGAGUAUACGUCGAGCUCGGCGUUGCCAAUGAAUUCGAACAAGAUGAGCGCGGACGACCGGAUACCAGCAAGAUCACUGCAGAUAAGCUGCUUGACAUCUCCAAGCGUGCAUUCAAGCCGUACACCUUUGAAACUACGCCUGACAAGGUUGAGUGGUACACUGCUUAUAUCAUUGGCCAACGGGUUGCAGCCAGAUUCUGUGAUCAGGGGAGAGCAUUCAUUGUAGGCGACGCCUGCCAUACCCACUUGCCAAAGGGCGGACAAGGCAUGAACGUUUCCAUAAAUGAUGGGCACAACCUCGCGUGGAAGCUCGCUUACGUUGUCAAAGGUUGGAGUCCGAUGGCACCGCUUGACACCUACGAAGCAGAACGACGCAAAUU